GUUUGGUACCCUUUGCAGAUUGCAUGUGAUGUGUAGUCGCUGCUGGGUCACAGCCCUUGUGCCCAUGGAGCAACAUCGAUGCUCUCAGGUGGCCUCAGCACCGCCGCCUGGUGCGCGCGGCAGACGAGUGAGGAGCUUCCGGCGCUGUUGCAGCGCUGCUGUCGAGAUGGUAGCCACUCGUGCUUCGACAUGGCGGACGCCGUGGGUGCGAAGUGUUGCAGGCAGGACACGGACGCGGGAUUCUACGGCUUCGUCCUCCCCCUGCGGAGCUUUUCUCUGAACGGGACCCCGCACGACCUGGACAGCUGCAGCGAGCUGCCGUGCCUCUUCUCGCUGGCCAACUUCCAAACCGUCAGCUCCGACCCUGCGGAGGCCGUGCCGGAACUGCAGAGCCUGGGCCUUUUGGCGACGCAGUGGCAGCCCUACUUGCCCCUCACAGGCACCACGAGUCCCAUUUUGAUGGACCGAGUCCGCGUCAACGAAAUUGCCGCGGCGCCCAUCUUCUACCACCGGCUGUUCCAUGACUACGCCGAGGUUGUGCCUCAGGGGCUCUGGGAGUAUGCCCACUACAUGAACCACAGGCCGCGCUUCGAGGCCGCGCUGGCGGCAAGGACGUCCCCGCGGCUGCGCGGCUGCGAGCAGCUGCUGGCGGCGCGGGCGCGCGCCACCGCGGACACGGCGGCGCUGCCGUGGCUGGCGCGGAGGUGGGCCGAGCGGGGCAACAAGCCGUUUGACAGCUUCGUGAAUAUCGGUGCCAAAGAUGGGGGCGAGGAAGAUCCCCUGCACGCGCUUCUGUUGGACAAAGCCGCGGUGCGUUUCGCCCUGGCGGUGGAGAUGAAUCCGGAGUUUUGCGCGGCGCAUCUUCUGCGGCUUCCCCACGUGGAGCUGCUGUGCGCCAAGGCGCAGCGUGAGACGAUGCCGCAGAUCCUGGCGCGGCUGCCAAGGCAUGAAGCGCUUGGCCGCGUUCCGUGGCUGGAUGUCUUCAAGGUGGACAUCGAUGGAGCGGAUUGCGAUGUGGCACAAGCGUUCUUGUCCGCGGCGCGUGCCAAGCUGGUGGUCAUGGAGGUCUACGACGGCCUGCCGCCGCCCUUUCGCUUUGCGCUGCACGAGUCGGAGAAGUUGCGGUGGCCCCCGAGGCCGCCCUGGGGCUGCUCCUUGAGCUACCAGGUGCGAUUCUUGGAGCAGCUGGGCUACCAGCUCACCUGGUUCGGGGCUGGGAACGCCAUUUAUGUGCACACGUCUGUGGCGGAGCGGCUAGGAGUUUUGAGCCCGUUGGACGAGGUGGACUGCUACGCGAAGUCGGUGGUCAUGACCAUGUGGCCCAAUGGCCGUGUGCUGCGGCGGUGGUUUUACGAGGACCCAUUGAAUGACACUCUGGCUGAAGCCCGCGCGGCGGUGGCAGCACGGCUUCCCGGCUUGCCCUUUACUCUUGAGCUCUGAGCGAGUC